UACAAAUCCGCUUCCUAUCACACCAUUCAAAAAUGCAAAACUUAUGGUAUUCAAGUCAUCCAAAAUACCAUCACCCUCACAGAAACGAGCAUCAUCAGUCCAAGCACAUGGAGAUUCAUUGACCUGCGUUCGGCAACCAUUCCUACGAACUGGACGAAACGGCACCAAAUGUUGAAACUCUUUGUACUCAUCGCUACUCUUCAUUUUUUAGUUCUGGAGCAGAAAAAUGUUACGGAGCAGCUUGAAUCAGAAGUCAACGGUGUUGUUGUGGUUGACGAGUACGAUACAAUAUCCUAUAGACUUUCGUGUCAUAACAAUGACCGUCCCCGACAUCAAUAGUAUGCUUCUUUUGCCGCUGCCCCUAUUCUGUUUAUUGGCGAUUAUGAUUAUCUUUUUUUCAUCAAACGAAAUAUGACAAAGGCAUCCUUUUAAGCUCAUUGAGCGCUUGACGGUCGAUAAUCGGGACGUAUUGGAAGAAACCUGUCAGUACACUUCGUAAUCUGGUGUCCGUGUAUUCAGUCUUUGUCAAGAAUUUUGUUCGCGUGAUAUUUUAGCACCUCUCAGUGCUUUGCUUCCGCAGGUACGGUAGGAAAGCCUUGAU